AAAGCAAGGCCGCUCCAUCGUCUUCUUCCUUGCAUCACAAGCCCUAGACCAACGCAAAGGCUAGCUUCGCUUUCACCGUAACCACAAGCAUAAGUAUGGCCUCCUCCACGCUUCCUAUCUCCCAAUCCCAAGCUUUCUGUGCUCGAGCACGCCUCAUCCCUGCCUCCCUUUCUGGUCCGGUUCGUUUCGCCCUCCCUCACCGUCACCGGAGAGACGCCUCCUUCCGGAAGCCCCUGCGCACCAUGGUCGUCACGGCGACCACCGCAGAGAUGCCGAAGAAGCGGCAGGCCUCCCGGGACCGCUCGUUCGUUGACGAGAUGAGGACCGUUGCUAUGAAGCUGCACACCAAGGAUCAGGCGAAGGAAGGCGAGAAGGAGUCUAAGUCCCCGCCCGUCGCUAAGUGGGAACCGUCCAUCGAGGGCUACCUCCGUUUUCUAGUCGACAGCAAGAUCGUUUAUGAUACCCUCGAAACGAUCAUCCAGAAGGCCGCCUAUCCCUGGUAUGCUGAGUUCAGGAGUACUGGCUUGGAAAGGUCUGAAAAAUUAGCUGAAGAUCUAAAAUGGUUCAAGGACCAAGGGCAUACCAUUCCCAAGCCUUCUUCUCCUGGUGUUUCUUAUGCCCAGUAUCUCGAGGAGCUAUCUCAAAAGGAUCCUCAAGCUUUCAUCUGCCACUUUUACAAUAUAUACUUUGCUCAUAGUGCUGGUGGGCGAAUGAUUGGCAAAAAGGUGGCAGAGAAAAUCUUAAACAACAAGGAGCUCGAAUUCUACAAGUGGGAUGGUGAUCUAUCUGAACUAUUGCAAAAUGUGCGUGAUAAGCUGAACAGGGUUGCUUCGAACUGGUCCAGAGAAGAGAAGGAUCAUUGUCUGGAGGAAACUGAGAAAUCAUUCAAAUAUUCUGGCGAUAUACUCCGUUUGAUAUUAUCAUAGCAAUCGAAGGUUUCUUCAGCUUGCUAAUUGUAAAAAUUACGACUGCUUUGCUGUUUCAUCCUGGAAACAACACUAAUAAGUUCACACCAUGUAUUGAAUUAAUGUACGCUAAAUGCUGUUCAUAUCUAUAAUUAAGACUGUUCAUAUC